AUGCCCCUCCCCCGAGUUCUCUAUUUUUCAGGCAGACAGCUCUUUUGGGAAUGUGCAGAGUUACAAGCCUCUGAAUCGUCACCAUUUGAAAUCCCUCGAAAGGAAGCAGCAAAUUUCAAAACCCUAAGCCCCUGUCAACAUCAGGAUCAAAAUCUCACUGAUCUGAAUUCCGAGAUAGAGACACUGUCACAAGAACGCCAGCGCUUCGACGAUGCUUUUGAAAUUUGGGGUUCAGUAAUAUCCGCUUAUACAAUGGGAAAAUUAAGUAAAGGCUCCGACAAGCUCAUUGCAAUUUCCGCCAUAGCAAGGGAAUUACAGCCCCUAUGGAGAUGUCGAUAUCUUGCUGGUCUUUGGGAAGCUCAUCUUGUAUUGCAACUAGCAUGGCGGAGUUAUGAUUCUGUCAUUCCAUUGAUGGUAUAUCGAGCGCCAUCAUGGUCUUGGGCUUCAAUCGAUGGGGUGGUUCAAUUUCCCGACCUGGUUAUCUCUAACCUAUAUAGUCCGCUAGUAGAGAUCCUCGAAGUGGUCAUAGAUCUUGUCGGCGAAGAUGAAUUUGGUCAAGUCCAAGGCGGUCAUCUAAACCUUCUAGGACAAAUGAUCAAUCUUGGGGUCUUAGACGAAGAAAAAAAAUCAGGACAAAACAGAGUCCUCUUCAAUGGCAAACUCAACUUUGCAAUGAUAUUAGAGAAUGAGGCCAACAUAAGAACUAAGUUUUCAACAAAUCAAUUAAUCUGUCUGCCUCUCCAUCUGCAAUUCUUCGGGAGGCUGUUAAUUAUCAAUAGCCUUAUCCUCGAGUGCGUUGAUGUCACUAAUAACGAAUAUCGCCGUGUGGGACUGUUGGAGUACUCUAAAUCCAUUCCAGUCGAAAAUGGGCACCACACCAGGAAGGUUUCCAUAGAAGAUCCAUUUCUAUCAACUCUUGGUGAUAUUGAACAGACAGGGGAUGACUCACUGGUCUUUAAAAGGGGAUCUGCAGAUUUGCGCGAGAUUACGAUCAUAUAG